AAACGUUAGCGCCAGUUUGGAAUUAAGCCUCGCUCGGAGUGGAAGUGUGCGGACCGUCGUCGACCAGUGCGUGUAACAGAGGUACAUUACGGAAGCCGUAUAAUCUAAGGGGCUCACGUAUCUAUACCGUUUAUUGAUGGACAGGAAAUUGGUUUCAGGAACGGGUAAGAUGGCGACAAAGAAAGCUCCAGAACCGAAAUCUUCGACGAGCACAGCCGACGCUACUGAGUCGACGCCUCUGGUCGCCAAAAAUGGACCAGAAGACCCAACAGGGCGCGAGGAUGGCGGCGGUCUGUCCAUGAAGCAGACUGUCCUGCUUAUAGCUGGAGAAAUGGCUGGCAGCGGAGUCCUGGCUCUACCAAGAGCGCUCGCUAGAACUGGAUGGUUCGGUGUUCCUGUGAUCAUCCUGAUGUGCGUGAUCGCGGCGUUCAGCGGCAAGAGGCUGGGCGACUGCUGGACCAUGAUCGAGGCUCGCGACCCCAAGAUGAGGAGCAGGCAGCGCAACCCUUAUGCCAUCAUAGCCGAACAGUCAUUAGGAAAAACUUGGAGUGUGGUGGUGUCAUGCGCUAUGAUGGUGACUCUGUUCGGCGCGUCGGUGGUGUACCUGCUGCUGGCGGCGCAGAUCAUCGAGCACGUGUUCCUGGCGCUGCUGCCCACCAUCACCAUCUGCGUGUGGUACCUCAUCGUGGCCGGCGCCAUGACGCCGCUCCUACUCUUUGCCACGCCCAAAGACUUUUAUUUCACGGGUGUGAUUGCCUUCGGCUCUACCGUUGUUGCGUGCGUGCUGUACUUCAUCCAGAUGAUGAACGACGUGAGGCCAUUCGUUUUCCGCUACGGCCUCCACGGGUUCCAAGAGUUCUUUCUGGCUCUCGGAACUAUCAUGUUCGCCUUCGGAGGAGCCUCUACGUUCCCCACUAUACAAAACGACAUGGCUGAUAGAUCGAAGUUCAGUAAAACUAUCCAGUACAGUUUCGGAGCUAUCUUGCUCCUGUACCUGCCCAUCGCCAUUGCCGGUUACGCCGUGUACGGUGAGGCGGUGUCGCCCAACAUCGUGACGUCACUCUCCUCCACCCCGCUCACCCUCGUGGCCAACGUGCUCAUGGCGGUCCACCUUGUGUUCGCGUUCAUCAUCAUCAUCAACCCCGUCUGCCAGGAGGUCGAGGAGUUGUAUGAAGUGCCUAGAGAUUCUGCCGGCUGGCGCCUGAUAGUACGGCUGUCGAUUAUGGCCGCGAUUCUGUUCAUCGGUGAGAGCGUGCCGCGGUUCUACACGAUCCUGGCGCUGGUGGGCGGCACCAGCGUCGCGCUGCUCACGUUCAUCCUGCCUGCCUACUGCUACCUGAAGCUAGUGGAGCAGGCGCCGGCGGACCAAGCAGUGAGCCAGCCGGGCUGGAUGAAAAUGGCUUGCUGGCAGGUGAUCGGCGUGGGCGUGGUGGGCGGCAUCAUCGCCACCUACAGCGCCGUCAGCGCCAUCUUCAGCACGGCGCAAGCAACCCCGUGCUAUCUACGAUAAUCACCUUUGAUGUUAAACCGAGCGAAGUCUAGACGGAACGGCAUUUCGCAAUCGAGCUCUUACGGCAUUUUACCAACCGAUUGGUCGUACCUCAAUGAAACAAUGUAACAAAAAUCGCAUAAUAUUAAUUACGUGCUAUCAUUUUCUUAUACCGUUAUUUAGAACGCAUUUGUUUGCUUCAUUCUCGUAAAUAUAAAUGUCAAACUAGAGUGAGACAGGAAAAUGUGAGAUAACUGUUAUAUUGGAAAGGUUUUUCGGGGCAGUCGUUCGCUUUCGUCUAUAAAUCGUUGCGAUGUUAUAUUACUUACAUUAAUUGUGAUUUAAUGCUCGUUUACUAAUAAAACUAUGAAUUGCAGAAAAUUAUGAUAAGACUAAGAAUAUAAAAUCAGAAACUUUUGACAGCUGUAGGCAAUGAAGAGGCACAGCGGGGAGGAGCAGGCAAGUGUCUAAGCAUGUCACUGUCAUUCAUAUGUGAGAGAGAGAAAAAACAUAUCUUCUCGCUCUCAUGUAUGAAAUUCUUUAUCUGAGCAAUGCAAGUGCAAUGAACUAAUAGGGUGGCGCCAUCUGUCAUAACCUUUGAGUGUACCUCCUCAUUGUGGUAGCUUUUUAAUAAUUAUUAUGUUUUUAAGAACGUAGAUACUAAGGUUGCGUCAUGUGUUUGCACCCGCCAUUAGGCUGAAUUUCUACUUAAGUUAACAUAGCUAACAUAGAUAUAUUAAGUGUAUACAUACUUUGUUAUAUUAGUCAUAUUUUAUUAAUCAAUAAUAUUAAAUACGUUUCCUCCA